AUGGAUAAUCAAGGAGUAAUCUACUCAGAAAUGAAUUUUUCCCAAAACCUGAAGAGCCAAGAACGAAAAUCUAAGGAAAAUAAAAGCACCAUUUUAGUGACUGAACAGGAAAUAAUCUAUGCAGACUUAAAUCUUCAAACUGCUUCUCAGGAUAUUCAAGACAAUGAGAAAACAACCCAAGUCAAAGAUUUAUCAUUACCUCCAGAGAAGCUAAUUUCUGGGAUCCUGGGAAUAAUCUGUUUUGCCUUAAUAGUGACCAUGGUAACAAGAGUUAUUAGCAUUUCUAUUGCAACACAGAAGCAGAUCAAUUCUUUCCAAAAUGCAAGCAAUCAGAAAGGUACAUAA